AUGCAAAACUCAAACAUGCUAAUACAAAUAUCAAGAUUAGCUCUAACACCAUAUUCCAUUUACAAUCUGUCUGCGUUGUUCUUUCUUGGGCUGGCCAACAAUAAUCUUGGAGGAACGCUGCCUUCUGACAUGGGUAACACACUUCCUAAAAUUGAAAUACUGAUGAUGUCUGACAAUCAUUUCGAGGGAGACAUCCCUGCCUCACUACAAAAUGCCUCUCGCAUGAGGUUUAUCCAUCUAGGCGACAACUCUCUGACUGGGGUGAUUCCUUCCUUCAGCUCCAUGCCCAGCUUGAAGUAUGUGAUGUUGUACUCAAACCAGCUAGAGGCUGGAGACUGGACAUUCUUCUCCUCCUUGGCGAAUUGUACACAGCUCCAAAAUCUGAAUGUGGACACAAACAAUUUGCGUGGGGAUUUACCAGCAAAUUCCAUAGCGAAUCUGCCCAAAAGCUUGACCGCUCUAUCUCUAAAUUCAAACAACAUCUUAGGCACUAUUCCCAUGGAGAUUGGAAACCUGUCUAAUCUUUCCAUGCUCUAUCUUGAUACAAAUCUUUUCACGGGACCUAUACCUUCUACCAUUGGUCAGCUAAGCAACUUGAUUGUGCUUAGUCUGUCGAAAAACAAAUUUUUCGGGGAAAUACCUCCUUCCAUUGGCAUCCUAAACCAACUAGAAGAGCUUUACCUGCAAGAAAAUCAAUUGAGUGGAAGCAUACCUGAAAGUUUAGGCGGCUGCCAUAACUUGUUGGCAGUAAACCUUUCGAGUAAUACCCUCGGUGGAAUCAUAAGCGGGCACAUGUUCGCCAGGUUGAAUUCAUUGAGUUGGCUAAUUGAUUUAUCACACAACCAACUCACAAUGUCCAUACCAGUAGAGAUGGGUAGCUUGAUAAACCUUGGGUCCUUGAACAUCUCUCACAACAAUCUCACGGGAAGAAUACCGUCCACACUCGGUGCAUGUGUCCGGUUGGAAGCGCUUCGUGUAGAAGGGAACCUCCUACAAGGAAGUAUUCCACAAUCACUAUCAAACCUCAAAGGGAUCCAAGUGUUAGAUUUCUCCCAGAACAAUCUGUCUGGUACUAUCCCGGAGUUCCUUGAGACCUUCACCUCAUUGGAGUAUCUGAAUAUGUCCUUCAACAACUUGGAAGGACUAGUUCCCACGGGUGGAGUGUUUGCUAAUAAAAGUGGUGUUUUUGUCCAAGGAAACCCACACCUUUGUGCAAACAUUGCAGUAGAAGGAUUGCCUGUGUGCUUUGAUUCGGCAUCUGCAAAAAAGCACAAGUUUUUCAUUCCGAUGAUGAUAGCUCUAUCAACUCUGGUUACACUUGCUUUGAUCUUGGGUAUGUUCAAUUUUUUGUUGAAGCGAAAGUAUACAUCAUGUGAGAGAAUUGGCCAUUCAUACAUGGAGCUGAAGAGAAUAACAUAUGGUGACAUCGACAAAGCAACAAAUAGUUUUUCUCCAGCAAAUGUAGUGGGUUCCGGACAAGUCGGGACAGUUUACAAAGGUUCGUUCUACGUGGAAGACGGUACAAUUGCUAUUAAAGUAUUCAAGCUCAAUCAGCAUGGCGCAUUGGAUAGCUUCAUUGCUGAGUGCAAGGCAUUGAAACACAUCCGUCACCGGAACCUUGUGAAGGUGAUAAUUGCAUGCUCAACUUAUGACCUAGUGGGAAAUGAGUUCAGGGCUCUAGUCUUUGAGUAUAUGGCAAAUGGCAGCCUUGAAAACCGACUUCAUAGCCAGGUUGGUGAUCAGAGUCUAGGGGCAGUGAUAGGCAUAUCAGUUGACAUUGCUUGUGCUCUUGAGUACCUCCAUAACCAGUGCAUCCCGCCGGUUGUUCACUGUGACCUGAAGCCAAGCAACAUACUUUUCGACCACGAUAAUACCGCGUGCGUCUCUGACUUUGGUCUAGCGAAGCUAAUUCAUGGAUGUUCAUCUGGAGGGCAGAGCAGCACAACAAGUAUAGUUGGACCAAGGGGAUCUAUUGGGUACAUACCUCCUGAGUAUGGCAUGGGCUGUGAAAUCUCGACCGAGGGAGACGUCUACAGCUAUGGCAUUGUUCUUUUGGAAAUGCUAACACGGAAACGACCUACCAAUGAAGAGUUCAGUGAUGGCAUGACGCUCCGGAAGUAUGUAGAUGCAUCGCUUUCACGAACCCAAGACAUUCUUCACCCCGGUCUUACUUCACAGACGACAGAGCAGCGUGUCGAUCAUAUCCCAAACUUGCAAGAAUACAACACACUUGCGCUGAAGGAUAUAUGUGCUCUCCGACUCCUUAGACUUGGCUUAUUAUGCUCCGCGGAAUCACCGAAGGAUCGCCCAGCGAUGCAUGAUGUCUACGGUGAAGUAACUGAAGUAAAAGAGGCAUUUUUCUCUAUGGACAACUGA